GACGUCUUUGUAAUCUUGUGUCCUUCCUGCAGAAAAUAUUAGGUGGAUUGGAUCCACUGUCAGUGGACUUCGACCUAUCGGAAUGACUUCCAAUACCACAUCUAAAAAUGUUUUCCCCCCGCCGAUGCAGCCAGCAUCUAAUGGUGUAUUUCAGGGAGAUGACCCUCUUGAUUAUGCACUUACCUUGGCUAUUUUAAGGCAGCCGCGAGUUGUUGCAGAGAUUGUUGGAGGAAUAAUACUUGGGCCGUCAGCGCUUGGACGGAAUAAAAGCUAUCUACGAGCAGUUUUCCCAUCCAAGAGUCUUCCAGUAUUAGAUUCUCUAGCAAACCUUGGUCUUAUAUUCUUUCUAUUUUUAGCAGGCAUAGAGUUAGAUCCUAAAUCUCUGGGGAAAACUGGAGGUAGAGUCUUUGCCAUUGCUAUGGCCGGAAUAAGCUUACCCUUUGCACUAAGAAUUGGUUCGUCAUUUGUUCGGCAAGGAACAAUUGCCAAAGGCGUAAAUACUUCUGCAUUUCUCGUAUAUAUGGGGGUCGCUCUGUCUAUAAAUGCGUUUCCUGUAUUAGCCCGUAUUUUGGCCGAGUUAAAACUUCUAACCACUAGUGUCGGCAGAAUGGCUAUGUCAGCUGCAGCAGUUAAUGAUGUAGCUUCCUGGAUUCUUCUUGCUCUUGCUGUUGCCUUAUCAGGCAGUAGCCAAUCUCCAUUUGUGUCAUUGUGGGUCUUCUUAAGUGGGUGUGGUUUUGUCGUAUGUUCGAUCCUCAUUGUCCUUCCAAUUUUCAAAUGGAUGGCCCAACAAUGCCAUGAAGGUGAGCCGGUUGAUGAGUUAUACAUAUGUGCUACAUUAGCUGCUGUUCUGGCUGCCGGGUUUGUCACGGAUGCUAUUGGAAUUCAUGCCAUGUUUGGCGCGUUUGUUUUUGGAAUUUUGGUUCCAAAAGAUGGAGCAUUUGCCGGUGCUCUUGUGGAGAAAAUAGAGGAUCUUGUGUCUGGUCUAUUACUCCCACUUUAUUUUGUGUCAAGUGGAUUGAAGACCGACAUAGCUACCAUUCAGGGGCUGCAGUCAUGGGGUCUUCUAGUUUUUGUUACAUUUACGGCUUGUUUUGGGAAGAUUGUCGGGACUAUUGUAGUGUCUCUUCUAUGUAAAGUACCUUUCAACGAGUCUUUAGUGCUUGGAUUCUUGAUGAACAGUAAAGGCUUGGUUGAAUUAAUUGUCCUCAACAUCGGUAAAGAUAGAAAGGUCUUGAAUGAUCAGACCUUUGCCAUUAUGGUUCUCAUGGCUCUCAUUACUACCUUCAUGACCACUCCUCUUGUGUUAGCUGCGUAUAAGAGGAAGGAAAGAAAAUCUAAUUACAAAUACAGAACAAUUGAAAGGAAAAAUGCAGACGGCCAACUGAGGAUUCUUGCCUGUUUUCAUGGUUCAAGGAAUAUUCCAUCGGUGAUAAACUUGAUCGAGGCUUCAAGAGGAAUCAAGAAGCAUGACGCACUUUGUGUCUAUGCGAUGCAUCUUAAAGAAUUUUGUGAGAGGUCCUCAUCGAUACUAAUGGCACAAAAGGUAAGACAAAAUGGGUUGCCGUUUUGGGAUAAAGGUCGCCAUGGAGAUUCUGUCCAUGUUAUUGUGGCGUUUGAGGCUUACCAAAAACUAAGUCAAGUGUGUGUCCGGCCAAUGAUAGCAAUUUCAUCAAUGGCGAACAUUCAUGAAGACAUUUGUGCAACUGCUGAUAGAAAGAGAGCCGCAGUCAUCAUUCUUCCAUUUCAUAAGCAACAAAGAUUAGACGGUUCACUAGGCAUUAUAAGAAAUGAUUUUCGACUGGUUAACAAAAGGGUACUCGAGCAUGCUUCAUGCUCAGUUGGAAUUUUUGUUGAUCGUGGGCUCGGUGGUUCAUGUCAUGUGUCUGCAAGUAAUGUUUCCUAUUGCAUUGCUGUGCUUUUCUUUGGCGGUGGUGAUGACCAUGAAGCUCUUGCUUAUGGAGCCCGUAUGGCCGAACACCCUGGCAUACGAUUAGUGGUUAUUCGCUUCUUAGUGGAACCUAAUAUUGUUGGACAGAUUACCAAAUUUGACGUUGGAGACUCUUCUAGGAGUAAUUCAAUAUCAGAAGAUGAUGAGUUCCUUGCAGAAUUUAAGCUGAAAACAGCUAGUUAUGACUCUGUUAUCUAUGAAGAAGAAAUAGUAAAAGAUGCUGCAGAAACAGUUGCUACUAUCCGUGGGAUUAAUUGCUGCAACCUAUUUCUUGUGGGUCGAAGACCAACCAGUGAAUUGGCAUUUGCUCUGAAAAGAAGCGAGUGCCCGGAAUUAGGACCUGUUGGUGGCUUAUUGGCAUCACAAGAUUUUCGGACAACAGCAUCUGUUUUGGUGAUGCAACAGUAUCCCAAUGGGGUGCCAAUAAAUUUUGUCCCAGAAAUGGAGGAACAUUGACGUGAUGGAGACACAGAAUCUUCUUAACUGCUCUGUUAUUACAUUGUCGCGAAUCACGCAUGGGGUGGAUGGUGCUACAUCAGGGAUGGGAAUAAGUGCUCUAACCUGCAUUGCACCCAAUUUGACAUAAAUAAGAAAGUUUAUUUGACUUAAAUAUGUCAG